AUGCCUGAGCCAUUUUAUGAGGUCGAAACAAUCGAGAAAGCCAAGUGGGAAGAGGAGCAAUGGCUAUACUAUGUCAAGGUGAGUGGGCUGGAUAUGUUGAAACGGAAAAUUCGUACAUUGAGAUGUGUUGUCAUGAAGGCAGAAUCUGAAGCGAGUUCAACAAGUAGAUGGGAACCCGGCUCCUCACUGAACAGCUGCAGUUGGAUGUUGGGAAAGUUUUGGAGAGAUGUGGGUAUGGAAUAUCUCGGUCGAACCAUGGAACUAUUGGAAGGCAUCGAGGUGUUCAGCAGCAACAGCUUUAGAGAAGAGUGCAAGGCGCGACUUGAUCAAGGAGAAGAGUUACCUGCCAUUUCCGAACCAGAUUGCCUAUAUACAAGGGCUAUUGCACUAGAUGGACUCAGUAGAACAUGUCUUAUCCCGGAUCCUGGCCUACUCUGGACUGAUCCCGAGUGUCUUGGGCUUAAAGGUCUGACGGCUAAUGAUAAGUAUCAGAUUGUCCACCACUCGCUGGAGUCUAAAAAGAUAGAUGCAUCCCAAGUUCUCUAUCGAAAGGUCCGCCAAGACACCAGAGAAGAUUCCAGGUGGCUUGACAACUGGAAAGCUGGCUGCAUGAUUUGUGCCGAGACAGAGAAACCCUUGAGGGGUCUACUAGCCUGUUCAUGUCGCUUCAAGGUUUACUGUUUGGAAUGCCUGCGCUCUGUUCAAGAAUCUCAAGACAUCAGCGAUGGGAUGAAAGAAGGACGUGUUUCAUGCCCUACUUGUCGAACAUCGACUUACAUCGUUAGCUCUACCUGGGUGAUGCUUACACAGGAGGAAGAAGCAGCCCGAAUGGAGAAAAAGGCUGUAGAGAGAGCGGAGAAACGGAAGCUGAACAAGAUCAACAAAUGGCUGAAGAAACAAAAACUUGGACUUGGGGAAAGUGAGGGUCCUACUAUGGCGUCGGCAUGA